CCUCAGUAUACCGUCACGUAAAAUUUAUCAUACGAUUCGGUAAUCGAUUAACUACGAGGACCAUAAUUUUUACGGAAUAUUUCUCUCCGUCAAUGCAGAACGAUAAUUAUCCGCGUAUUCAUAUGAUGAAAUUAUUCAUUGACGAAGGAAAUGGCUUUCUACGGCCCUGUAACGAUUCCAAACACGCCUCUCGGUGGAGUUGCCUUCCUAGACUGGAGGCGCUACCAUCCAGUACAGCUUUCCCAAGUUAGUGGUAACGAACGUUCGGUUACAAUCGUUCAAUUCACUCUCUACUUCACUCAAGAGGGAGAUUCGUCAUUCACAUUCCCACGUACGAUUCUUUAAAAUUAUCGGGAUCACCAGAACCCGAAGACCUCCAGAAUAAAAACAACCCUUAGGUCGUGCACGAAGGCAGGAGAACUUGAUUGAUUAAUCUUACUGUUCAUUAUUUUUAUUGUAUUUUUUUUUAAUUAUGCUUGCGGAGUUACUCCCGUUGUUGCACAGUGACUAGCGUUGCAGCAUAAUUGUUUACAUGAAUUCAAGGAAUUUAAAAAGUGUCAGGUGUGCCUCAGUGUUUAUGUAUGCAAAGAAGUGCGUCAUGCGUCGAUGGGGAAAGACCAGAGGACCAACGUGUUACGGGUUCUUACCUUUCAGAUAACAAACGUUCGUCGUACAAGCGACAUCGCAAGUGUUUUUAGUGCUUCUUGAGUUUACAAUUGGCGAAGCAAAAUAGAAAAAGAGUGUGGAUGUAACCCUCGGUAAAUAGUUACUCUUCAUAUACAGAAAGAGAUAGCAAGAACAGACUUCGUCUGUUCGAUUUUUAGAAUCAAGAUAUUGAUUUUAUUGGGGAAUUUCCCUUGAUUAAUUUCAAAAUGAGAAUGUGUGAGCGCAUACGUGUGGUGUGACCUUGAGGAUUUCAAAUUUCUGUACUGCGGUAGUUCCAGAGAAAAUUCAUAACAGAGUGUAAUCGACCUCUAAUCGAUUUUCUCGAUGUGUAAUGUAAUGAUCGAUUGAUAAAGAAAGUGAAGUAGUGAGUGGUACCGGAAAUUCGUUGAUUACGCGUCGUACGGAAACUGGGCGCCUCAUCUCAAGGAAUAAAUUCAGUAUUGAGCUUUGAUCCUUCGAUUACCGAUCCUCACAAAUAGAAUUUUAAACUGCAGUUGUUUUAUCCUUCACAUUCUACCUCGAAAAAAAUAUUAUCCAUAAAACUUUAAUAUCGUAACUCACAAGGAACAUUUUAAUAUCGCCUGGCGAAAAAUCGUAUCUUUGAAGUCUAUCAUAUAGACUAGAUCUGGGUUUCUGUCACACAGGACAUUGCCUAAAACAAAAAAUAAACAAAACAAUCCCUCUUAUGAUAUCGAUACUCUUAUCCCAGCAAUUGAUCGACUUAAAAACUUCCCUCAGGAAAUAAAAAAAGUCGGAAAUUUCCGUCAAACAAAUUUUCAUGAGCCUAAAAACAUCGAUUACCGAACGUCAACGUAACAAGGACCUCCGCAAAAGGGAAAGUGAAUCGUAAUUCAAUUUGUAAUUACCAUCCAACAUCAAAGAUGUGUACAAUCGAUUAACAAAUUCAUCGAGCCGUGAGAAAUUUCACAGACAAUAAAUUCCAUUCAUCGGUGAAAAUCACAUUGCACACGUUCAACUUUAGUGGGGAGAAAAGUUUAACCAAUGGAAUAGUGUUUUUUGAAUAAUAGAUUCAACGAAUACGUAAGAGGAUUUUCUCCAGGAUUUUGAAAAACAUUGGAGAAGAAUUGAAAGUGUGUGGGGGUGUUAGUGUCUAGGGGUUUUAAAUGUGAACAGUUGUGAGUGCAUCAUGGUUCACACAAGUUACGCCCAGUGGGCCUGUUUACCAAGUACGUACAGGAAGAAGGUAAAUCCGGGUAGCAAAGCGUCCCAACAAGGGGUACGAGAAGGCGACCUCAUUAGUAGCAUCAACGGAAGGAACACGAGGGACCUUACUAACAGUGAGGCACACACGCUUUUACGUAACGCCGGAGACCAACUUAAACUCGGUCUCAACCAAGAGUCUGUUGGUUCGCCAAAGCGACGAAUCUACAAAAGUAGCCUCCAGGAGAAUACCUCCAUCGAGACCAUCCAGAAAACAACAAGAACAAUAACCACAGCCACUUGUGUACAGUCAUCCGGUACCAGAAACGGCACUGAUGACACGAAACACGAGCGCGACUUUCCGACCCAAAAUGGCAAUCUAAAGCCUCGAAACGAUAACACAACAGAUAAAGUCAACGAAAUCCCAAAAAAGACGACUGCAGGAGCUACUUCAUCGAAAAUCCUAGAAAUUCCCUCCAGAAUGCCACAAUCCCGCUCGCGUCGUCACCGUCGCAACAAGAACAAGCGACCAAAUCAACUGGCAAACCAUGAAUCACCCUUAUCCUCUCACCCUGCACCCAUGGAUGAUGCCAACAGCCGACAAAAUCCCUGUGAAAUAACGGAAGACAGCGAUGGAAUAAUUGAGGCGAAGGUCAACGGUCAGGCGGUCAAGGUGACGACUGAGGUCACUGAGACAGCGUUGGGCCAUGGAAUGGGAUCGAUACCUAGGCAACAUACCCCAGUGCGGCGCAGGUACAAACUCGAACGUCAUGCAUUAACAGCUCAUCCAAAAAUCUGUGAAAUAACCGACAUCAGUGAUCUACGAAUGGAAGCCUACGUAGGCCACGUUGCCGGUGUUGGUAUAAUUGAAUCUUGCAUCAAUGAUGCUAGUGAUAUCAGAACAAUAGUAACCGAGCCAGUCGAGCCACUUGGACCACUAUCGAGUGAUGUGACCUCAAGACUCGAGACCCUUGGCGAACGUGACUUCGCCCUGGCACUACUACCCAAUGCAAACAGAGAUCGUCCCGAGAUUCAUGAGGUCAACGACAGUGAUGCUGAGACAACAGAGUUGAAUAGAGGUGAUGUUGUCAGUGAGGCUGAACUCGAUAUUGAAAUUGCCCCGAGGAAGAAUGAAACGAUAUUGGAGAAAACUGGCGAGUCAGAGUCCACAGAUAAAGAAAACUUAUCCACUGAAUUGCCAAAAGACCAACAGAAACUUCCCUGUUUGAGUUUUUCAAGUGCUUCAUCUUCACAAGUUUCCAAGAAUGCAGGUAAUAAGAGAAAUUUAUCUCCAUUGGCGAUAAUAAGUGAACCCGAAUCGGAUAUUGAUCAACCAAAGUCAAUAAUUGAUCAAAUUAUUUUGGAAGAAACCGAAGAGGAGUCAGAUUUUUCCGACAAACCAUCAUCCUCCAUCAUGAAAUUGAACAUAAGCCAAUGUAAACCUACCUCCUUACCAGAAACCUCAUCCUCAGGUACAAUCAAUAAAGACCUGGCUUCGUCUUACUUUCCGACUCUCACCAAACACCCGAGCUUAUCCUCGGAGGAUGCAGACAGUGAGAGAACAAUAAUCGACUCAAAACCAGAAAGUGAAACGGAAGGCGAAGAUAACAUUAACACCAAGGAAGAAGAAUUUCACAACGUGACAGAAUCAAAGGAAUCAACCAAGUGCACUGAUGAUUCAAAUGAGACUACAAUAGACCUUAACUCCAAGGAAUUCACUGGUGCAUCAAGCGUAAUAGAGAUAGAGAAUGGAAUUGAAACGUCUCUGGAAAUUCAUGAACCACAGUUGACUCGACAAUUUGACGAUAAACUGAGGAUUUUCAUCAAAGAAUGUGAUUUAGAGAAGCGUCAGAGUGAUGACAACAACCUGUUGAAUCACAAGUGUCACGUUAACGAGACUGAGGCAUGCAAUAGUGUCAUUCGUGAGUAUUCGGAAAGAGUGGAGACUCAGGAGAAUCACAGGUAUGAGAAAACCCCUGUCGAUCGAUACUUGGAUAUUAUUCAGGAAGAGGGAGAGUGUCUAGCCCCUCAUGACAGAGACAUUCGUGAUUUUAUUAAUGAAGAGAUCGGAAAGUUUCGAAGGGAGAUACGUAAGACUGAUGUUAAUGAAGAAGUCACGGAGACUAGGAAUAAUGAAACAAUAAUGUCAUCCAGAAAUGAGAACAUCUCAGGUAAUAAGACAGAAAACGAGAAAGGACAUGACAAUAAAAUGUGCGAAGAGACCGGGUCACCAGUGAAUCAAGUUAACGAAGAGGAAUUGGAUUCCAUAAAGCGAAGAUUUCCACCAGCCCCACCGAGAAGAUCCUCUAGUUUUAACAGCAUGGACGUGGAUAAAAUCACUGGUGGACUAUGUGGAGAUGUGAAUUCCCCAACUUCAAGUAAACCACCACAAGUUCCGGAUCUACCAAUUGAAGUUAUUAAAAUACUCACUGAGACCAAUGAACAUUUCCACUUUGAGACAUCUCCAGUGCGUCCACCAUUGCCCAAGAAUUUUAAUAGCAACGAUGCAAUUUCCCACAACGUUGAGCAUCAUCACAACGAGGGUGUGUCCCCGAUCACGCCCAGAUUGCGCAAUACUGUGGAUGCCGGUAAGUUUGGCAAUGACGACAGUGUCGAGGCGCUUACCAAAAUAACUCACGAUCACAUUGACAAUAUCAGCGAUGAAGUGCUGGGUAAAAACACGAAGGCUUUCAGCAAAUCGACCCCAAUGGUUGACUCCACUGUGUCCCCCAGCAUCGAGGUUAAAUGUUCACGACCCCGGAGGAAUAAACUUAGUGAUAUCAAAGAGAAGGUGCCACUUGAGACAUUAAAACGUGAGUGCAUUCACAACACACAAGUAAAAAGUUCAGACAUUGUACAUGAGAUCAAAGAAUUGUGCAGUGAAUAUAAAAAAAGUGUUGAUCUUGAAAUAAAAGAGAUGAAAUCCAGUGAAACUAAAAUUGAGAAAACGGAAAUUUCAUACAAAAGUGAAUCAACGGAAACUCACAAAAACAUUUCCACUGAUUCCACUGAAUUUAUUGGCACAGAUGAUCAAUGCCAAGAGUCAUCAAGUAGUACCCCUUCGCCAGCAACUGUAAAACACGUAUCCGAUGAGGAGGAACCAUCUUCAAAACCACCUCAACCAAAUCCCUUGAAAGACCUCUGUAUCAAGAAAAUCCUCUCCCUCCCUUACGGCCGCCAAUUAAUCAACGAGAUAACUCUUCCCAAGUUCACCAUCUUCAAGAACUUGGAAUCCAUCCACAAAAUCGCUAAAACUCUACAAAUCCACGAAUCCAAGGAUUUGAAUACCAUGAAGAAACGCCCGACAACUUGGAUGGGUGUACCAACUGAAGAUCCACAUCUUCUAGUCUGUCUUUCUCCCUCGCAGCAAGAAACCCCAGUUCGCACAAGUGCCGACAAAUUAUUGGAUCUCCACAAAAAGUUUCUCAAUCGCUGUAGCUACCACCAUGAUCAUCGAGCCGAGAUUAAUGUACCCAAGUACCACAUAGAUAUCACCCCCACUUCUACUCACCAUCCACACGAAUCUAUAAAACCAUGGGAAAAAGAAUUGAAGCAAUUGGAAGAUGUCUCAGUGGCCACGAAUCGUCUCCUUGAGAUCGUAAAAGAGAAUCCUAUACCCAUGGAUUUACCUUCGGUCACGAAGCCCCAUAAAAAUGUUGAACAGAAUCCUCUCAAAUCUACUCUGGUAGCCAAGUGGUUAACUGAGAGCAAUAACGAUCAUCUGAACACACCAGUCGGUGAGACCACACCAUCUUGUCAUUUUUCACAACGACUGAGAUACCAGGAGAAUGAAAAAACCAGAGCGAGUGCAUUCAGUCCAGUACCCGACAAUGAUCACAUAACUAGUAACGACACUGCUGACAUUAGAUCCAAACGCGGAGGUAGAAUUUUUAAUACGACAAUCAGUUCAUCUCCAACAUCUUCAAGAAAUUUUAACGAGACAACCAAUAGAAUAAACAGUGCUUUGAUACUGCGAACACCUGAGGGCACACAUCAGGAGCAUCGGAGUACAACACCAAUCAAUAGGUCUCCAAUUACCAACAGAAGUGCUAUAAUCGAUAGAACGUCUGAUAUUGCUGAGCCACGUAAGUGGACACUGUCGAGGACAAUUGAUGCGCGACAGGUGAAUCCAGCGCUGAUAAACGACCGGCCUGAGGCACCACCCAGACGACGACGGACUGUUGAUGUUGAUCGUACGUGCAUCGACACCACUAGUAUUUUUGACAAAACACCACCACGUGGACAUCUCGAGGAACGAAAGUGUCAUGAUCCUGAAACAUUGAAACAAGCAACGGCCAGUGAAAUUGUUGAGAAUUUGAAAGAUCUUCAGAGAGGUGUCAAAGAUAUGUUUGAUGGAAGGAGACGUUAUUCAUUACCCCAGGAGUACUUUGACAAACAGCUCGAGUACAUCGAGACCCUGGAGAAUCAACUGAAGGAAGUCAUUAUUGCUGAGGAAGAAGAAGAAAAAGCGUUUGUUGAAUUUGAGGGACAAGUCAGGAAAAUGGAAAUUCUAAAUGGAAACAAGAUGGAGACUCCUGACAGACAACAAUUAAGUAAUGAUGGUAAUAACUUUCGUCAAACUUGGCACGAAGAGUCACGAGUUGAGGACAACAGUCGUACUGAGUUUACAAGUAAAGGGCAAAAGGAGAAAUCAACGGAGAGACUGAAUCAAACAGAAAGUCAAGAUUUGGAAAGCUCUAUGAAUACAUUUGAGAAUAAAGAGGUGAACCAAGUGACAACGUAUAGUGAGAGUCGGCAGAAAUGGAAGAGAUACGUCGAUGAUAUUUCAAGGGAUUCACUUGAUGGUGAGAAACGAGAUCAUCACGAGGUAGACGGAAAAUCUGAAAGACCCAAGUCCAUUUGGUUAUUGCCAAGUUGUGACGAAGUAUUUAGACGGAAAAUGUAUGAUGAGUAUGUUCAUAAAGUUUUGGAGAGGGAGGAGAGGAAGCAACACAAAGUUAUUAAGAUUAGAUCGGGCUUGGAUUUGAAGCAGGAGAGGAGCAAGGACAACAUGAACACAAUGGAGAAGGAAUUUAUUGAAAAGGCGAAGAAGAGACUCAACAAAUUUGGAAUUGAACUGGAUGAACACCAUGGAAAUGAUGAGGUGGAAGGGAAAGAGACGAGUACGACAAUCGAAGCCAAGUGUCUCAUAGAUGGAAAGGAGAUUAAAGAUGCCAAGAAACUACCCAAACACCUACAAGAAUUUAUCGAGCUUACUAUCAACGAACUUGAAGACGGGUAUGGCUAUGGCAUGGAUGCUGGAGGGAAAACAAAUGACAACGAUUUACUGCACGAGAUCGACACCGCUUUAAGAGACUCCAAAGGUUUUCUGCUUCGGGAAGAGAAUAUGUUUGCACCGAAUUUUAAGGCAUCGUCUACGAAAAAAGGUGUGUGGUCACCAGGCAGUGAGGCACCACCACCAUCACUGAGCCAACCUAGUCCAGAUCGAGGCAAGAAUACGGAUAAGGAUGGUGGAAUUCCUCCAGUUUGGACCCCAUCCAGCGCAGGGGCAAGUCCUGUUGUUGAGAGAAAAGAAUUUCGGCCAGUAUCAUUUGAAAGCCCAAUAUUGAGUCGGCGAAAUCCCCAGACACAGAGUUCAACCGAAGAAAUACCACCGUGGCAACAAGCUGAUGACAAAAAAGAAGCGUCUCAGAGCAUAACUCAGAAUAUAACAACACGCAUCGUAAACUCUCACUCUGUGCCGUCCCAAGGGUUGAACACACUCGCCAACCCUCCACGACUGCCACGCGCACAAAAUCCCACAAUUACUCUACUGCAGAAGGCAAGAGAGGGCCAAUUACCGAAGGGCGCCGCCUACCUCGAGGCCACCGUGGAAAAGAGUCACGAAGGUGCUAGGGUCAGUCCCGGUGAAAUAAUUUAUACUGUGAAACGAGAGUACGAAAGUGAACCAGAAUGUGAGAGAGAACAACCCAAGAAGAUGGCGGAUUUGGGACGUAGAAAAAUAUUGGGAAUUGGACCCAUCACUAAGGAUGGUAUGCCUGUUGCUUUGAGAUCGGAAGUGAAAGAUACAAAUCAGGCAAAAUGGUACAAACAAAUGUAUGAUUCGCUUCAUCGAGCGGGUAGAAACGAUGACUAUGUGACAAUUCGGUAUAAACCACGGAGAGGAACGAGAUACGGAUGCGGAACUGCCAGUGGGUAUCUGAGUGAACCUGAGCCAAGGGUCUCCGUUGAUAGAUCGGCAACGUUGGACACCAGGAGGCGACAGAGAAAUAAGGAGAAUGAUAUCACUACCUCGACUAUGCCAAGAAAGAGUGCUCUUGUAAAAACUACUGCCGAAGUCUACCGCAAUCAGCCGGGGCGUAUCGAGAACUACCAGCCAGGUCGUUCAUCAAUAUCUGAGAAGGAAACCAAAGAGUGGUGGGACGAGGUCAUGGACAUAUUCGAUGGGCCUUUUGAUCAACGCAAUCCACAUGCUGCCAAGCCCUACAUGAGUCAUGCUCUGAAGGAAUCCGGCUACGAGAGCGAUUCAACUCUUAUUUUCCGUCGUCGUGAUGACGCCAGUCCUUUGAGUCCACUUGAACAGAGAUUGGCGUAUAAAACAGUGCAGAAGGGCGGUGACGUUCCACUUCACGGUCUUCGGAAGCCGGCUCCCGAGCGUCCAAAAGACGACGCUGAAAUUGAGUACUUUCCUAUAUCUCGGACAUUAACCAGAAUCCGUGUUCGUCGUAGGACGUUGUCGAAUUCGAUGUCUUCGAUGACCCUCGAUAGACACAGAAGGUCUACCCCAUCAUCAACAAUAGUGCCAUCGCGUGCCAAUCUCAUCACAACAUACCCCCACAAAUCCCCCGGACGAGUCUCACAAUCAAUCACCUCUGUUCCUCGACAAAGGACGACAUCUCCGAAUUGUCCACCAUCACCUCCAAGAAGAUUAUCCUCCCGACACAGUGUAACCUUGAAACUAUACGCAUCGAGUUACUCGCAUCCACCUAAUCCCCGUCACGAGCAGUGUUUCAAUGCCGAGGCAACAUCAAAUAUCAGAUUCCUACGGGAGAGGCUGAGCAACAAGUUGUUAAAACACGAACAAGGCCGAGCACCUAGAACUUCAACGAUACCACGAGCUUCCUCAGCAAGUCCAUCAUCUCCAUAUCGGCCAAAACUCCAACGGUCAACCCUUCCAAAGCGUAAAUCCGAGCCCUGUCUGCUGAAAAAAUCGGAGUCUGAUAAAUCGAUUCGUGUAGCCAAAUCAUCAACUUUAUCAAGAACAAUAGAAUUUAAACCUCCAGUUGGAAAACUCACUAAGCCUGCUAUAUCAACAGAGCCAUCACGCCAGAUACGAGCAAAUAGCUCCCCACCGGCUAUAAAAAGAGACCAAAAACUUCGUCGCUGUAAGAAGGAUACAGAUGAAACUUUAAAACGUGCCUCAUCCACCGACUUAUCGUCGUCACCAGUUGAAGUUAGAAGGUUACGUCGACAGGUAGACCCGAGUAAUGCAUUAACAGGAUCUGUCAUCAGGAGUAACUCCUCGUUAUCCAGGGUGAAAAGCCAAGAUAGUGGGUUAUCCAAAGUAAUCUCAAAGUCUCGAGAUAACCAGCGUACGACAGGGGUGACUCAGACGUUAAGAAGUUUCUCACCGGUGUCCUCUACCUCAGGUAAAACCAUUACCGAAACUUUUAGACAAAAAUCAUUGACAGCUAAGGGAAGAGAUAAAUUCACCAGUGUCCAACAGCCACUGCUACCAACUACGAUAGUUUGUGAUCCAAAUACAUGCAAAAAGGGUUCAGAUAAACCGCAUACGAUUGUGAAAUCCCCCAGCAAGAAGCCAGAACCCUUCGUUAUAACGAAGAACGUUGAGAAGAAGAAGAACAUGAAGAAUUCCAAGGUUAAAUCAUCAAAAACUAAAAAGACACCCGGUAAACUUGAUGACGACAAGAAAAGGGGAAAGAAAAUCUCGGGUAUAUCAACUGAAUCCAUAAAAUCUGAACCGAAGUUGACGAUGGAACGAAUUAAGCAACAUACGGAGGCAACGAGAACUGAACAUUUCUUUCAGAAUCUCUUCCUUCGUAAUGGCCCUUCACCAACACCAUCGCAGUCGAGUACCCUCAGGAGAUCUUCGGUUCUGGAGCGCGCUCGUAUGUUUCAGGAAUUCGGUACUGAUUCGUACAAAUCGGAACCCUCUCUGCGCUCCCUUAAUGUUUAUCUUUCAACAAAACGCCCGGUGUCAACAUCUCGCUUCAGACAUUGGGAGGACAGCGUAUCCUCCCGCAGCUCCAGUCCCUACGGUGUCACCUGGCCAGGUCGCUCACCAUUUCAAAAGAUCAGUAAAUUCGACAGUCUCAUUGGAAUGGAUGAGUUUGGAUCAACAGCGUCUCUCAGAGGUCGCAGUCCGGAAUUGAAUAAAGAAGGCUUGAAGGAGAGAAGUCUCAGUGAGCCCCCGAUCAAAGUGUCCUCAGUAUCGGAAGUUUCCUGCAAUGUAAUGAUCCCCUCGAUCUCACAGUCAUCUUCAUCAUCUCCAACACGAUCCGCCGCCUGCAGACGGAUCAGAAGUCUCAAGCAAGAUCGAUCAGACUUUCCCCCGCUCAAGGUCAGAGCAAAAAGUGCGAGUGAAGCUGAUGACUGUGAACGCCGAAAGAACACCUUUGGCUCGAAUUUGUCUUUGGCCAAGAGCACAAGCUCCUUGGAAUCUCCGCCCAUUAAUAAAGCAGAGUAUCAGCGCUAUCUCUAUGAGGUGCUUCAUUCCAAGAAAAAGUCCUCAAGAUACAAAGAACUUCACGAUUUUUACGCGAGUCUUGAGCGAAUGGGUGAACUAGUAAAAACGACGUCCACCAGUGACAUCCGGCGUCGUUUUAAGAACGAGGAAAUCAUCGAUUACGAUCGCUGGCGUGAAAUACGUGCCAAGGAACGGGCUGAGCAAGAGUUGAAAAAUCUUUACGGUAAACUCAAAGAUGUUCAACGUGAAAAGGAUUUUUUAUUCAGUACAAAGGACGUGGAGAGCUGCAGAUGGCGAGGUGAUUGUGGUCUGAGGUGCAAAGAAAGAUCAGUGGACAAUAUACGGGAGAGUUUUCACAGGUUGGCUAAGGAGGAAAGUGAACUUGAGACUACCAGAAGACGUGAUAUUGCAUCUAAGAAAGACGUUUAUAAGCCACUAUGGAGAGGAAACUCAGUUGUGAAUGUAGCUAGUAACAUGACAAAAAAAGCCAAUGGAGAGACGGAGAUCGAUAAGUGUAUUCAACCUACUCUGCAAAAAAGUUUAGGUGGUAGUAACAAGUUUUGGAGUAGUUUGUCGGUAGAGCAAGUGAACACUUUGAAGAAUCAAUUGAAUGAAAUCUAUGGUACGGAGAAUGGAAAGAAGGGAGGAGGAAAAGAUGAAGAAGACAAGUGUGACCAGAUUGACACGUGUGAUGAGAUAAAACAGACAGUUCAGACUGUUACACAAUCACAGUAUGAAGUUGUAGUUCCGGAGGAGUUUGGUGAGGGAAUUGAAGAUACUAAGGGACUUCAUGUCAGAUGUCACUCAAUGUUGAUGUCGGACAUAAGAGCAUCAUCGGAGACAAAAUUGACGUCGUCGUUGAAGAGGAGUGGAUCUAUCAGUAAUGGGAGGAGUUUGGACAGAUUACGGACAGAUAAAUCAAAUCUACUCUCGGAGGCUGAGAAGAAACGGCUGUCCUUAACCCUGGGCAAGGAAAUCCUUCAGAAGAUGUCGAAACGAGGGGAGUUGAUGUCUCCGGUGACGCCCCGUGAGACGCGUGGUGCCAUUGCUGUUGCAUCAGCAAAAAACCACUCGCAAAGCUCUGCGACAAACAGUACAUCACCGAGAACGUGUUAUUCCCUAGAGACUUCUUUGGAUGAAGACGGUUUCAAAGCUAAAGAGAAAAGUGAUUUUCUACUUGUUUUAACGCCGAAUGGUGACAGUCAAGUUGAUCGAAUCAAAGUCGAAAAUGUCCUUGAGGAAUGGAGCAGGAAACCUACUUUAUUGACGAUGACGCCACCUCCAACUGUUCCCCUUCGAAAUGCAUCCGGAAGUGAGAUUGAUUCAGCAACUGAAAGCUCUGAGAACUCGGUGAAAACUGUUGUUCGACGUGAUAAUGAACCAGAAGAUGUGCCGAAGAAGAUUGAAUUUUUCGAGAGUAUCGAGAACCAGAAAAGACCAUUUGAAAAAUCAUUGAAGAAAUCGAAACUCUCCUCAUCGCACAGCUUUGCAGACUUGAAAGAACUCUUCGGUGAAACGGAAUCAGCGAGGUAUGCGACCUUGCCCCUUCGCUCACAUCGCACCGCUAUUCAGAGACGAACAACCUCACCCGGAAGUGAGAAGGGGCGAAGCACAUCCGCCUUGCCUGACGUUCCACGUGGCCGAUUUGCUGGCAUUUUACGCAGGGAACACGAGGACAAUCGACCACGCAGCGCCAGUCCAUGUCGCGUGUCAACAUCCACUGGAAGUUGGGAAAGCAUUCGUCAUCGCAGUGUUUCGCCGGAUCCGGAGAGAUACUGGCGGGCUUAUUUGAAUCUGGUGAAGCAUGGUGCAGUGAGAAGACUCAGGGAGAAAUUUGAAAGUUUGGAGGAUUUGUCAGGUGAUCGGAUUAAAGAAGCGGCUACACCCAAACGAUUCCAAAGUGAUCCGGAGUUGACGAGGAAUUUGUUGAAGCGAGUUGAAGAGAAUAAGAUUAUCUUCAAACCAAAAGAAGUGCCUGAUGUAGCUUGGUUGAGACGAAAAUAUGAACCACGAAGAGGAAGAACCAAAUGGAGAAACAAAUCACCGCCUAUUCCACGGAUUCCGCUGAGAUUGGAGGACCUUCAGAUGCCUCACAUCAAUGUUAUCAGUAAAACAGUGGAGCUUAAGGACAGUAUAUCAAGAUCCAGCUCGAUGAAUUCCCUGGCGAUCAAGGCGGAAACAGAGGAGCUCGAGGCAAAAAAACCUGUUGGACGAAUACGGAAGAAGUUUGAGAAAUUGGAUGCUGAAGGGAUGUCAAUACUCGGUGACUUGUUUACCUCGGCGCCUGAUGUUCAUGAAUUGAGGGACAUUUCACCGUAUUUGGCGGGCAAAUGGGUCGCCCACAAGUAUCCUAGUAAGCGUGAUAAUGCCAGGUCAAUCUCACUUCCGCCGGAUCUUGAGAGUGGAAAGGGGGAGGUGGUCAGGAGGAAAGCCGCGACUCUACCCAAAAGGGGUGAGCGGAGUAAGGAGGUGAAAGUGAUGGGGGGCAAGAGACCUGGAUCGAUUCUCAAACAACCGCACGAUCCGUUUGCCAAUCAGCCAUUCGAUCCGAGUAAACAUCGCCCGAGGUACAGAUAUCAACCACCACCACCUCUACCACCAGCCCCCAAUGUUAGGAAAGCUUGGUGGCCACCUAUGCCUACAUAUACUGCUCGGCCAACAGUUACUUUUGAAGAAUACACCAAUGCACCCCCGCCGCCACCAAAAACUCAUCAGAGCAGAAUCGACCGCCCAGAAUCACCGAGGCGUUAUGUAGAAGGUGAAGUGACGAUUCACUAUCGUUCCCCAGUUCGCACGGAAGCUAAGGAGAUUCUGAGUGAGGAAGAAUUGGCUCGUAGAAGUGCCGAGAACAUGCGUAGAGUCUACCAGGAAGAGAGACGUCGGAAAUACCUGCAAGAAUUACACGACAUUGAUUCGAGAAGGCACACCGACAAUUUUACGCCAUCACAAAAAUCACCGAUACCAUUGAAUCGAUAUGAUGACUUUCUGGAUGACUCCAGCUACCGUAGCAGAUCGCAGGAGCAAACACCGGAGCCACGAGUGGUUGCUCGUGCCUUGUACAACUUUGUGGGACAAACCUCGAGGGAAUUGUCGUUCCGUCGUGGGGAUAUCAUUCUUAUACGUCGACAAAUUGAUAAAAAUUGGUACGAGGGAGAACACAACGCUAUGAUCGGACUAUUUCCACUUAAUUACGUUGAGCAGAUUUUACCUUACGACGGCACCCGGGGAACUCCCAAGAAGUCGUAUGAGGGCCAGGCACGUGCUAAGUUCAAUUUCAUCGCACAAACGAAUCUAGAAUUGUCAUUAGCGAAGGGAGAAUUAGUGGUUCUUACGAGGAGGGUCGACGAGAACUGGUUCGAGGGCAGAGUUGGAAGUAAAAAAGGCAUUUUCCCAGUUACAUAUGUCGAAGUUAUUGUUGAACCUGGCCAACAUAGACCCGAAACUCCAGUAUCUGGUAAACCAGUUGCAUCGCCUGCAGCCCACAGUAUGCUGUCAAAUGGAACGGCGAGUGGAAAAUUGAGUAUGGGACCCCAUCAUUAUAUUCCAUCCAUACCCGUGAAGACGAGCACGGCUGAGCCUCAGUAUAUCUCACUGCCACGCAUUGGUGUCACUGAACGCAACAAAUUGCACGUCGCACCCGUCAACGAAACGUUGCACAUCGAUACACACUCGGAUACAUUACCGUACCGAGCUCUGUACAACUACAGACCACAGAACGAGGACGAGUUGGAGCUGAGGGAGGGGGACACUGUCUACGUAAUGGAAAAAUGCGACGACGGAUGGUUCGUUGGAUCGAGCCAAAGAAGUGGAUACUUUGGAACUUUCCCUGGAAAUUACGUAGAGCGUUUGUGAGGUGAGGAGAUGCCCCACGGGCCAUCCUACACCGAAAGAGCCAGAAGACAACGGGCACUGAAAAGUGUCGCUAUUCUUUUACCAAAGGAAGAGUCAAGAAACAUUGAAUAUCAUUGUUAAUAGUGUUGAUUUUAACAAUUAGUAUGUGUUGCUUUUUUUAUUAUAUUUCUCAAGUUGUGAAAUGAGUAAGUUUUUUCAGGAGUAACCGAGAAUAAAAAGCAGACGAGGUGAUUUUCGUUAAGCUGAAGUACAGCUUCCAACAAGAUUUGAUAAGAGGUUUGUGGAUGUCAACUUGUUUUAGAGAUAAUGAACAGAAGCUGAUCGCGAAAUUGAAUUGACUUAUUUCAUUUCACUCUUGUGCUUAUUUUUGCGAGGAGACCGUAUUAAUACGAUUAAUUCUACAUUCUCAAGUUAUUAUUAUCACAUUGCCCUGUAAAAAUAAUUCUGAAAGUGUGGAAUUUGUUUUUUGUUAUAAUAUCUGUGGUUCUCUCGAAAUUUUCUCUCCAUUUUUUCACCCGUUUUUCAUUCAAUGAAUUAUCAGGGCGAAACUCUGGAGACGAAAUUGCUGUUACGAAUCAAUGGUCUUCCAAAGUUAAAAAAAUGAAUAUUAAGUAGCAAAAGAUGUUUUCUUUUUUCACGAAGAAAGGAAGAAAUCUUGAAUUUUUCCUUUGCUUCUGGAAUUUGCUUGAUAUUUUACAAUUAAACUAAACCAAAAAUAACUUAGAAUUAAUUGAUUAUUAAUUGUAAGUAGUGUAACAUAGAAGUUAACUAUUUAUUACUCAUUCUAAGGAUUGUCCAGCCAGACGAAAAUUAUGACAAAAAUUGUAGAUCAAUUUAUUACGUUUUACCAGAGAAAUUUACAAUUUUCAAGUUAUUUUCGUCAAUUAUUAACUUGCGGAGAGAUGCAUUCAUGUAUAUAAGAUACUUCUUGACGGGAGAGGUUGAGUUCUCCUAGAAUUUAGCAGAGAAAAAUUCGUUAAAAUGUAUUUAGUUGCCUUCACAACUAAUUUCAUAACAUUUUUUCGACAUUUCAGAAUAAAUAAAAUUGAAGAAGAAUUUUUUCUCUGUCAAAUUGCUCUUGUUACCGAAUACCAAAACUCCAACACAGUUACUAAAAGAAUUAUUCAAAAGGAUUAACCAAAAUAAUCGAAUACGUAAAUAAUCGACACGUAUUUUUCGAUUGUUAAUGUCUUUAUACUUUACGAAAGAUGCCCACCGCUCAUAAAACACACAAAAAAAUUUAACAAAAAUAAAACGAAAAUAAAAUCGAGAAUGUAUAUCGAUUGAAGUGGUAGAAUAUAUCUCACUGUUUUAACAUGUCUUUGUAAAUCAGACAGUUCCUGAAACAAUUUUACAUUAAUAGGUGAUAUUACAUGUGCAGAGAUUCUCUUCCUUCUGUCUUCGUUAUUGUAGAAACCCUAAUAAACUGUUUUAAAAAAUUACCUAUUCUACCACUUCAAUUUUUAUUGAAAACACCAUAAUAAUUCCCUACAAACUAUAUUAUGAAUUGUUACGAUGUUUGCUAAUGAUAAUUAACUAAAAACAAUUAUAAUUGAAAAUCAUCCGGCUCUACAAUAUUACGAUUGCUAUGAUUGCAAAGUUUUGCCUCACAAAAUUCAUAUUUUUGUAAGCAUUAUUUAUACAUAAGCUUAUAUAGAUAACUAACAUAAAAUAAAAGUCCUAAUAUCAUAAUGAGUUAAUUGCUAUGAAUAAAGAAUUAUUGAAUGGAA